CGAAACUUGGGAUCGAAGACAUCGGUCAGAUGGCGAAUCACCGUUAAACGUCAGCGUGCAAACGCAACUCUCGAGCAUCCUGUUUCCAAGCCAUGUUAAUUCUUCUCUGGAAGGGGAAACGCACAUGACAACAUAUGGGAAUACGCAAUGACAGCUGUGUCCAUUUGCGUCUACACGCUUUCACACCUGUGGACGUUGCCGCGGCGACGAACGCUGCAUCACAAUGGCAGCGAUCGAGAUAUUUACAAGUUCCGUCACUUACAAGUACAAGAGUAGAAUAUAUUCUUGCGCCUCGAUUGUUGUCUUUUUGCUCAUCGUGUUAUCCUUGAUUACGCCGCUUUUUAUAAUUCACCAUGCGGGAGGUGUCUGGAUGAAAAAUCGGAUGCACGCGGAAACACCAGAUGUGCAUUUCAUAUACAAAUAUCUGUUAAUCGCAGAGAUCGAUUCUUUUGAAGAGCCCAUUGUAUGUUCUACUUUUACGACAUACAAGGAAAACGAUGUCAAAGAUCAUUGUGCACUAAUCAAGGUACGAGAAAACGAUAUAAAUAAUGAUGGGCAAAAGGAUUCGCUAAGAUUUGAAGCCCAUUUUUAUACAGAUAAGCCAGUGAAAGCAUUACGACUCUUGCUGUUCUUCAAUUUCCAAUUAAAGCAUCUCAUUCAAGCAACGAUAGAAUCUAUCGGCGUGUUUGAUCAAAUGUUAAGCCACGAAGCUCAAGAGAUACGAUUCUUCGGCGAUCUGGAGCUACGGCAGAAGGGACUUUUGCACAGCAAAGGCCUCUACGAGACGUAUAACCAUAGUAUAGAGCUGUCCGAUUAUUCUCUACCCGAUCUAUUAUUGCAUACUUUUAAUCGGAAGUUUUCUGCCAGAAUCACAAACAGGCGGGUAACGUGGAAAACGGGCUUCUCUAGCGAUGAAGCGGUGGUCGUCAUCGGCGAAUUGUUCUACGUGGAGAAUUUUAUUUAUUAUCAACCGAGUAUAUGGGAAGAAUUGAAAUGGGCAUGGAUCCAAUAUCUGUCGUGCCUGCUUGUGUUCGCAUACGUAGCUAAACAUAUCUUGGUAUUUCUAUUUACCAAUAGGUACCUGAACACGUAUAUUGUAAGGCCGUGGAUGAAUACAUGAAAAUAAACGAGAAUAGCUCUAU